AUGCCGAAAAAUUAUAUAAUGAUGAUGCCUAAAAAGACGAAGAAAAAGAAGCGUGAGCAUCCCGAUUUUAUCCGUUGGAUGCUGAAUCUCGUUGUCCCCUUACUCACGCUCUUCGGUAUCCUCAACCUUGUUAUCUCCGGGGAAGCAAUAGAAGGCUUCUUUAGCUAUUUCAAAGACAGCAGUCCGGGCGCUGCGACGAAUUACGUUGGCUCAGACGGAAUUAUCAUCCAUGGAAAAGCGGCUCCGGCGAAAACGGACACCCAAAUCGACCCGAGCAAACUUCAACCUGUCGUUCAAGAGCUUCUUCUCAAAUCACAACAGACGGGGCAAGAUCUAAAUCUGAACAAUCAACAAUCCGAUUACGAAAAACAGCUUCAAUACCAACAACAGCAGUUCCAGCAGCAGCAGCAACAGCAACAGGUUCAAAACCCCCCUCAAUAUGGCCAAAUCGGCUCUGGAAAUGCAGCAAAUAUACUCAACUCAAUGACAGAGAGAAAUCUGCUGGAUCCAUCGCCGAUUAAAAUGUCCCAAUUUCGAGAACUCGGAGCUGAUCCGGAAAAUGACCUGGAUGAGACAAACACAAACCAGGAUGAUGAUUUCCGACCAGGGCUGGAUUUUGAUAACAUGCAGUUUCCAGAGUCCUCGAAGGUUCAGUCGCAUGAGUGUCCCAAUUUGGACGGGCAUGACUGGAGCGAGAAUAUUCAGCCGAAAUACGAAAGCCAUCCGUGGAGAUUUCUCAUGCCAGUGCUUUACUAUGGCCCGAAUAAUCAAAUCCACGGCCUUCGAGAAUCGAUCAUUCUAGCGAUUAAGCUCAAUAGAACUCUCGCCCUUCCUCCUUUCCACAAACAUGCAUCUCUCGUCGCAGAGAACACGCCUUUCUCAGACCUGGUUGAAGCGACUCAUAGAAUCGACGAACGAGCGUUGAGACAUCUUGUGAAAAUUGUCCGACUUGAUGAGUUGAGGCAAAAAUGCGGAACGUGGUUUGGAAAUGCGUUUUUGACCAGACAGUUGAGCUGCCAGCCGAAUAUGUUCGAGCGACUUUUCUCGUUUGAAUACUACACUCAGAUCCAUCUGCUGAAAUACCACACGUGGGAAGAUUUCAAAAAGAACCAGGGUGCCAAUUGCGAGCUGCUUCAUUCCCCGUCUCUUCCUCCUCAAACAGCUCUUGCUGAUAAAAGGGCAAUUCAACUCCCAAGCUCGACAGAGGACUUGAAAAAGAUGUAUUUUUCGAACGAAAGAUGCGCCGCGCUAGUUUUUCCGUUCAAAAACUUCAAUUUCGAUCCGAUCGUUCUCAAGGCGCAGGGAGAUAAGCUCACGCCAGAAAUGAGGAGCUUGAUGGAGGAUGUGAUUAAUGCCACUCCUCGGCCUCCUUACAUCAAGGACGUCGCAACGAUGUUUAUCGACGAAGUAAUUCGACAAGGGGAUUUUAUUGGAAUCCACUGGAGAUACGACCUCGAUGAUUGGAUGACUAUCAAUUGCAAGGAUGGCGUUCAAGGCUUCAUGGGACAAAAAUGUCAACAGAUUCACAGCGCAAGAGCUGACCCGAGCAUUCUUGCUAGAGGAGUCGCCAAAAUCGUCCAAUAUCUUGGAGAAAAGGGAGCAACAAGGUCGAAAAUUGUAUAUAUUGCUACGCCGCUCGCAGAAGAAGAUAUGAUCGAGAAGAUAAAAUUAUGGCUUGAACAAAAUUCAUCAAUAAAGGUCUUAUGGUCUCGCCAUCUGCAAACUUUUUUCGACCAUUUUUAUCAAAACUGCGAUGUUGUGAACAGAGACUGGUUGGAUUUACUCUCUCUUUUGGAACAAGAAGUUGUUUACAGAAGUACAGUAUUCAUCCGAUCAGUAGUCUCAAGCUGGUCCCUGAAUGUCCAGCUCCAACGAUCCGUGGAAAAUCGAGACAAAUUCGACGUCACAAAUUGGCGUCUUCUAGGGACAUAA